AUGGCGAAUGAGCUGAAGAGACACCGGUGGGUGCACACGGGUGAGAAGCCCCAUGGCUGCUCCAUCUGCGGCAAGAGCUUUGCCCAGUUGUCGGUGCUGCAGGUGCACUGGCGGAUGCACAGCUGUAAGGGGCCCUUCACCUGCUCCGAUUGCGGCAAAGGCUUCAAGUCGGCACCAGCGCUGAAGAAGCACAGGCGUGUGCACAUGGGGGAGCGGCCCUACACCUGCAAGCUCACCCACACUGGCGAGCGCCCCUACACCUGCACCCAGUGCGGUAAAGGCUUCACCAGCCCCACCAAGCUGCUGAAACACAAGCGCACCCACACCGGCGAGCGCCCCUACACAUGCGCCCAGUGCGGUAAGGGUUUCACCCGGUCCAGCAACCUGCUGGAACACCAGCGCACCCACACCGGCGAACGCCCCUACACCUGUGCCCAGUGCGGCAAGGGCUUCACCCAGUCCGGCACCCUGCUGAGGCACCAGCGCACCC